GUGUAGCAUUUUUAAAUCUUUCUAUUUAAAAAUACAAAUAAAUUACGAAGAUUGUGUGACUUGGUUUAUUUAUAUUUUCAGCAUUACUACAUGCCAUAUGUAUCUACCAUAUUUUUAUUUUACUAUCUCAUAGUGAAGUAAAUGCAUAUUGCAUACAUUAGUACUUGCACUUUUGACUUUACACUGUACGAUUUACGUCAUUUCCCCUAUUAAAAGUGAAUAAUAAAUUUUCCACAAUUAAAAUUAGCUUUUGGGUACAUAUAUCAAAUUCACGCGUAAGUAGUCAUUUCAAAGAAGUCAUACUUAUUUUAACUCUGUCUGCGAUUCUCCACCAAUAUCAUAAAAGUGAUAAUAGUUUCAAGAGUUUCAAUAUUUAUAUUUUGUAUUGCAUUGCUUGGUUCAUAUUGUUUAUGUCUUUUCAAAGUGUUGAACAAGAUGGCAAUUAAUCCAACCAAAUCAAUUCCUGCAUUUUACGCAGGACAAAGUAUAUUUUUGACCGGUGCAACAGGAUUUUUGGGUAAAGUGUUAAUCGAAAAGAUAUUGCGAUCAUGUCCAGAUGUUCGUGAAAUAUUUCUUUUAAUGCGUCCAAAAAAAGGACUAGAUGUUAAUCAAAGACUGGAGAAAAUCUUAAAUUUACCUUUAUUUGAUAAAUUGCGUGAAGAGCGACCUUCGAGUUUUAAGAAAUUAAUUCCAAUUCCUGGUAAUGCUAGCGAGAAGGUAUUAGGUUUAUCGAAUGAACAUAAGCAAAUGUUAAUUGAUAGAGUGACUAUAAUAAUUCAUGGAGCAGCGAGUGUAAAAUUUAAUGACAGUUUAAAAUAUGCCAUACUUACCAACAUUAGAUCAACGAGAGACAUCUGUAUUUUAGCUCAAAGCAUGAAAAAUAUCGUAGCAUUAGUGUAUAUUGGUACAGCAUUUGCAAAUGUGAAUGAACCAUUCAUUGAAGAAAAAGUAUACUCACCUAUAGCUGAUUGGAAGAAAAUGAUAGAUGUGGCUGAAUUAUUGGAUGAUGAGCAUACUUUAAACGUUUUUACGGCUAAGUUUUUGGAUUAUGCACCUAACACGUAUAUUUUUUCAAAAAACUUAACCGAGAGUAUAAUACAAGAAUAUUCUUCUUCUUUACCUUGCGCGAUUGUAAGACCUUCUAUUGUUAUGUCAUCAUUGAAAGAACCUUUUCCAGGAUGGAUAGAUAACGUUUAUGGUCCACUAGGCCUUUAUGCUGGUGGUGCAAAAGGAGUAAUACGAGUAGCUUACUUAAGUAAAGAUACUUAUGAUAACAUUAUACCAGUAGACAUUGUCAUUAAUGCUGUGCUAAUCAUAUGUUGGAAACUCGGAUUGACCACGUUUAGCGCAGAUUCUAGUUUAUUUGUUUUGAAUUGUACAAGUGAAAAAUGUUUGACAUUUGGAGAUGAAAUAAAACUUUUAUUUGUUUUAAAUGACGAAACACCUUUGGAAGGAGCUGUUUGGAUCCCUAAAACAAUAUUAACUGAUAACUAUGUUUUAUUCAAUAUUUUAACAAUAUUAUUACAUGUUCUGCCAGCUAUGUUAAUACAUUUGAUUUUAACAUGUUUUGGACGUCGAUCUAUGCUACCACGACUGGUAAGAUUAUUAUAUGUUGCCAAUUGUGCUGUGAGUCUCUUUUCGUUUAAUAAUUGGAAAUACAACAAUGCAAAUUAUUUGUUUUUGAUGUCUUUAAUACCAUCUGAGGACCAGGAAACAUUUUGUCUCAAUUAUUUCGAGUACGAUUUGAAAGAAUAUUUCAAGUUUACAAUUCUUGGUUUUAAAAAGUUUGUUCUUCACGAAGACAUAAAUCGAUUAGAUGCAGCUAGAGCACAUAAAAGAAGAGUGGAAUUGUUUGGUACAGUGGUGGAAAAUAUCAUGUUUUUUGGUAUGCUGUGGAUAAUAUAUAAAUGGAUCUUCUUUUAAAUAUUAUAAGAUCGUUUAUUCACCGAUAUUAUACGUAUAAAAAGUUAUAAUUUAUAAUAAUCAAACACGCGUAUAACGCAUGUUUUUGAAGAAAAAUACAUUAUUAAGACACACAUGAUAGAGUAUUUAAUAGAAUCAAGCAGAAUUUCUGAUAAAUAUAACAAAAUUUAAGAUUUUAUAAUUAGAACAUCUAAUUAUAGAUUUUACUAUACAAUACUUAUUCUUACAAAAUUUCUGAUUUAUUUAUUUUUGAACAGACAUACUGGUUGAAUCUAUCGGAUUUUCAAUUAAUGCAACAAAAUUUUUUGUCACUGUAAAAUUAGUAAUACAAUUUAUUAAUACCUAUUUGCCUAGGUGUGAUAAAAGCGUUAAUUUACAAAUAAACUGUUUUAAUCUCUACUAA